AACCCUUUUCCUCUUCCUUUCCAGUUUCACUCUGCAAAACCUCUAAAACCUUUCCCCCAAAAUCAGAGGAAAAAAAAUAUUUUUUUCAUCAAUGGAUUCAACUUUGAUCAUGGCAUCAUCAUCACCAUCUUCCUUCCUUCACCAUAAUCUAACCUCAAAGUUGUAUCAACCCGUUUUCAAUUUCAAACACCCUUCUUCUAGGCCUCUGAACAGUAGAAACUUCACCAUUAUCAAAGCUUCUUCAGAUUGUAGUUCAAGUUCAAAUUCUAGUUCUAAUCCCUCCAAUCCAAAUCCUUUAAUUUCCAGUCUGAAAACGAGCACUGCAGCCAUAGUUUUUGCCGCCGCAGUUUUUGGAAAGUUCCACCAGUUGCCGGCCAGGGCCAGCCCUCCAGCACCACCACCAACUCUUGAAAAACAAGAGGAGAUAUUGGAAGAAGAAGCCCAUAAGGGAAGAUUUGAAGAAGAUCAAGAAAAUUCCCCGUUGACCCAGUUUUUGGAAUCCAAUUCUGAGGCUGUUGAGGCCUUGAAAAGCUUGCUCCAGGAGAAAAUCGAGGUGGGCGAGGAUGAGGAGGGGUUGAAGAUAUUGAGGAAGUUAAGCUCAGCACAGCUGGAGAAUACAGAGUGGAAGUUUUUGAUGGCUAGGCUGUUGAAUGAAAUGGGGAAAACUCAAGAAUCAAGAGAGGUUUUUGAAGAGAUUUUAGCGAGAAACCCAUUGUCGUUUGAGGCAUUGUUUGAAAAUGCGUUGUUGAUGGACAGGUGUGGAGAAGGGGCCGCGGUUUUGAGGAGAUUAGAGGAGGCAUUGAAGAUAGCUGAGGAGGAGAAGAAGGUGAAAGAGGCUAGAGAUGUGAGGUUUAUAAUGGCACAAGUACAGUUCUUGCAGAAGAAUGUGGAGGAAGCAUUACAGAGCUACGAGGAGCUUGAGAAGGAGGACCCUACAGAUUUUAGGCCUUACUUUUGUAAAGGGAUGAUUUAUAGUUUGCUGGAUAGGAAUAAAGAAGCUAGAGAACAAUUUGCCAAGUAUCGCGAGCUUUCACCUAAGAAAUUCGAGGUUGAAGGCUACUUGAGGACUCCAUUAUCAAGGAUGAAGCUUUUUGGAACUGAUGAGAACGAGAAUUGAGUUUUUGGCUUCUGAUUCAGAGUUUUGAUGAAUUGGUUGUAUGUUCUGUUCUCUGCCAACUUGGAGGCCAGAAACUGAUCGGGUAGGGUAUGCUGGAGUUUUUUUUUUUUUAAGUUCAUGACGAAAUUUAGCGAAUUUGGUCGCUUAACUGUAAGCUAGAGAUGCUUUUGAUGAGAUGAAUAAUGGAUACAGUCUUUGUAGUUUAAAUGAAAUAAGUAACAUAAGAAUCAGUGCUUUACUUUGA